AUGAAAGGAUAUUUAACAAAAUUAAAAGGAAUACUUCAAGAUCUUAAAACUUUAAACAAUAAAGGUGUAGAAGAUAUACCCAAUAAGACAGAAAAGUAUAUAAUUGAUAAUGAAAAAGAAUUUGAAAAUAUCAAACAAAGAAUAUAUGAGUAUGAGCAAUUAAUCUCAUUAGUGCAAAACCAAAAGAAAGAAUUACAAUUAAGUUUAAAUGCUGCAGUUAAUCAAAUCAAUGAGAUGAAAAGGUGUAACACUAAUUUAAGAAAUGAGAUAUUAGAUCUAAAAGGAGCUGUGAGGGUGUUCUGUAGAAUAAAACCAUCUCAAGUUAUGAAUAAGAUAGAAUAUACUGAUGAUGAAAUAGACUUUGAUGGUAAAAAUUUUAAGGUUGAUAAAGUAUUUUCGGAAAAAAGUACACAAUUAGAAAUAUUUAAUGAACUUGAGUUAUUCAUAGAAAAUGUGUUGGAUGGAUAUAAAAUAUGUAUAUUUGCAUAUGGACAGACAGGUAGUGGUAAGACAUAUACAAUGGAGGGUUCUGGUGAUGGAUUAAUUUAUAAUUCUUUGGAGAAGUUAGAUAAAAGUAUAGAAUUGAUGAGUAAAGAUAAGUUAGUACCAACCUUCAAAUUAAAAUAUUUAGAGAUUUAUAACGAGACAAUAGUAGAUCUUUUUACACAAAAGAAUGUAACUAUUGCACAUAAUAGUACGAGUAUAACAUUUAAAGAUGCAUCUGAAAUCAUUGCUGAUAAUGUAACUGAAAUAAGAAAUAAAAUUAAAGAAGCUUCUAAUAAGAGAACAGUUGGGGAAACUAAAUGUAAUUCCAAAUCAAGUAGAAGUCAUGCUAUAUUUAUAUUGGAUGUUGAGUUAAAAUCACCCACUGAGAUUAGAAGUGGAAGUCUUUGUUUGAUUGAUCUUGCAGGUUCUGAAAGAUUGAGAGAAAGUAAAGCUGAAAAUGAAAGACUUAAAGAAACUCAAAGUAUAAACAAAAGCUUAAGUGCAUUAGGUAAUGUUUUUAGUGCUAUAAAAACAUCUGAAAAUCACAUUCCUUUUAGAAAUUCAAAAUUAACACAUUUAAUGCAGAAAUAUUUGACUGGUCACUCAAGAAUGGCAAUGAUUGUUAAUAUAAACCCGGAAAGCCUCAAUGAGUCUGUCUGUACAUUGAGAUUUGCAACAAAAGUAAGUGAGUGUAAUUUGGGAAAAAGUAAAAAAAGUAUAAAAAUUAUACAUAAAGAAUAA